CCCGUAUCAAGGUCGUUCACACGUCAAAGUGGAUAUUUGGUCGGAUAUAUAUUCCAGAGAUAAAUUGGAUCCUAAUUCUUCUCUGUCUGGCUAUCACAGUCGGUUUUUAGGACACAACAAUCAUCGAGAAUGCUCGUGCUGUUAGAGGUCGUAGGACUGCGACCACAGGUUUUGGUUUGGCCUUUUCCUCAGAGAGCCUAUGCAGAUCUUAAUGAGAAAUGGCAGUUGGUUGUUCUCCUUCAGCACUUCAAAGUGCUGAGUUCAUCCAGUCGUAAGCAGUUCUUGAAUCUUCAUGUAAGUCUUGUAUAUUGUCUUAUGUACUAUGUUAGCUGCAGUUUGUAUAUUUCAAAGGAGCGUGAGAAUAAAUCUUGGUUCACUACACCAAAACAUCUGAUUUGGGACGGAUAUAUGAGUUACAAAGAACUUCACCAACGCAUAUAUUCGUUGGAAAUAUUUCGUAGCCAAUUUGUCCGCAACGAGAAAAUCAGUAGGGCAAAUUAA